GAAACGCUCAUUAAAAUACAUACAUAUAUUUAAAAUAUUUAAAAAAUUUAAGAUGUCGAUUUACGAUAAUAUCCAUAGAGAAUUAUUAGUUCUUAGUCAAGGAAUAACAUCAGUUAAAAUUUUAGACAGAAAUAAAUCAGUUGAUCGUUUAGGUGAAAUACUUACAUCAAGUAAAGAUGAAAUAUCUUACAUCAUGUGUAAUAGCAGAUACAACUCAGAUUUAAGUUGGUCUAGUUUAUAUAACGCAGGUGUAGAAUCUAUAGUACAACAUUCCCAAAAGCUAGACUCCAAUGUGAAAGGCUAUCAAACCUCCCUAAAUAAAAUUCCAAUAUAUUCAUCUUUAUUAUACAAAAUAAUAGAAAGCAGUUAUGAAUGUAAAAGGAGUAAAAAUAUAUCGGCGAAUACUUUGUACCAAGGUAUUUUGACUUUAAUCAGAAACAGACUUUGUCAAGAGCACUUUGGAAAAAUGGUUUUACAUAUUAUUGAAGAAACCCUGUUUUCCGAAAAGUGGGCAAUUUUAGCAGAUUUAAGAAUAGAUGACUAUGUCGAACUGAUUAAUUGUGUAUUUGCCUUAGCCGCAAAGAACGAAAAGUGUUUGAAUAUUGGCUUAAAAUGUGCUGUUAAAGGUAUUGAAAUGGGACUGAAAUCAUUUCAAUUUACGCAUUUGCUUUUUGAAAUACUUCUACAAGUGCGCAAACUAACUUUGCGAAAUCAAAAUGAUGAUAAGGUUCUUGAUUAUUUAGUUAAAUUAAAUCUACUUAUCUUAAAAGAAUUAGCUGUCGAUGGUCAUCAAAAAGUUUUGAAGUAUUACGUCGAAACAAUAGAAAGUUUUUGUGGUUUCUACAAACCUUUAAUGCGACAAGAUUCUAAAGAAAUACUAUUUCAAAUAUAUGAACUUUUACUUGAUAUUAAUUUCUCUAAUAAAGAAGAUAUUGAAAAUUGGAAUAGUAAUACUCAGAUAGAUUGGAGCAAAAUAAGCAGGAAAUUGUUUUAUGUUGUUGAAACCGAAAUAAAGGAGAGGCAUUGUAACUCUAAUAUGAAUGAAGAAAGAAGUAAAUCUUUAGAAAAUUUAGCUGUGAAAGUUCUUCAUUUGAAGUAUAUUGAAAAAAAUAUUGGAGCAAGUAGUGCUUUAAACGAGAGUGAUGAUGAAAACUUAAGCAAAAAAUUGAUCAAAAAUUCAACGUCUUUGGCAGAUAUUUUGGAUAUAAUUAAUGUAAAUGAUCGAAUUUAUAAUCAACCAAUUUGGUUUGCAGUUUUAGUGAAAUUUCUUCAUAAUAAAAGAAAUUUAAUUGAUGUCAUAUCUCAUAAAACUCUUUUGGAAAUCACGGUUGAAUUUUCUAAACAAAAUUUUGAUAUUUUGAACGAUAUUAGAAGCGUAAAAUAUUUGGUGCAGUUACUGUUAGAGCAAGUGGAUUUUUUUAAAACAGAAGUGUUAGAUGUAUUAUGGUCAGAUUUUGUAAUAUUUGUAGUAAAAGAGCUUACACAUCAUCAAGAUGGAAAUUUGCAAUUGAUGGAAAAACAAAAACUACUUCAAUUGUUAAUUAAAUAUGAAAAAGUUGAUUUUGCUACUUGUGCAGAUUUGAUUAAAUAUUUUUUAAACACAAAAAAAUGUUAUGAUAAAAAUAAUUUACAAAUUUUAAAAGAAAUGUUUGUAAAUUAUGGUACAUCUAUAGUAAUACAAUCAAAUUUGAACGAACUUUUUCGACAAUUAUAUUCAGCUUCAGUUGAUUUGGUUUGUUAUAAUGAUAAUGAAUACUUAACUUGCCUUGGGGAAGUUACUGUAAUUUUAGUACUAAACAAUUUUGAUAAUCUCGAUAAAAAUUUCAUUCAUUCGUCGAAUGGGUUAGAUACAAAUUUUUUUCAAAAUGAGAAUUCAGAAAUGUGUAAAGCGAUUCAGUUUAAAUAUUUAAAACACUUUGUUGCACUUGAAAGUAGAAAAAAUGACAAAAUUUUAAAAACAAAUAUAAGUGAAAAUAAAGUGAACUAUUUAAAUGAAAAAAAAAUUGAAAGCUUGUUGGAGAAUGUUGAUUUUCAGUUAACAGAAAACUGUAAGCUUACUGAAAAUUUGAAUAAAAUUGAAAAAUUAAUUACACUUAUUGAGAACUUUUCUAAAUUUAAUGUUGCCGAAUCGGACACAGAAGCUUGCCCGUUAAAAAAGAAAUUUGGAUUAUUCAUUCAGCGAAUAUGUAGUCAAAUGGAAACCUGUUCAAACCAGAUUCUUUUAAAACUAGGCGACGUAAAAAUUUUUACAAUAGUAAAACAAGUCUUACGCAUAGUAAUUAAAAUAAAAGAAAUUCGAUUAUUUAGCUAUUCAGAAAAGUAUAUUUGUGAUUUUGUAACUUUUAUCAAAAGUUUAUUGAACUUCCUAAAAGUUGAAUCUUUGAAUUGGGAUUCAGAAAUCGUAGAUGAUAUUAAAAUAAAUGCUUUUGAGGUAAUUGCGGUUAUGGUUGAGUUUGAUGGUUUUAAAGAAAAUUCCUUUCAAAUUUUGAACAAUUGUGAUCUAUUUGAAUCAAACAGCAUAAAAAUCAAAAAUCCUAAAAAUAUUGAAGCCUUUUUCGAUGUACUCCGGUUAUUAAGUGAAAAAACUGAAUUUUCAAACGUAAAAGUUGCAAAUUGGGUUUUAGAAAAGUUGGAAAUAAUCUGUAAAAUACAUCACAAUAAUUUAUAUAUUAGUACGAAAAUAAUUGAUUCUUUGUAUAAUAUAUGUAAGUCGCUUAACAAUUUUCCAGACAGCAUUGUAGAUAUUUUUAUAAUUUUGUCCAGUUUUUUAAAAAUAUGUUAUAAAUCUAAAUUUCAUCCCGCUUUUAAUUCCAAAGUUAUAUUAUUACUCAAAGAUGUGGCCCAAAUUUGCCCGAAUUUAAUUUUAAAUAAUGAAGAUAUACGAGAACUCUAUACAAAAUCUAUUGGUAAAUUUUUUUCAUCCUCCUCUCUAAAAGUUAAAUUCAGUGUUGUGGAAUGUGUUUCAUAUUUAUUGGAUCCCAAGUGGUUUUGUGGUACAUUAGAUAUAUCUGACGAUUAUGUAGAAUUUUCAAGAGAUGUGUACAAAAGUGUAAAUUGGGAGAUGUUAUUAAGUAACAAAGAUACGGAUGACGAAAUGGAUUUAGACAAAAAUAUGAACAUAAACUCAUCAAUUAUUCAAUUAUUUUUUGCAUUAUUUGGAUUUAGUUACGUAAAUGGUCACCUUGGUUUUCUAGAAUUAGCGGACUUUUGUAAAAAUAAUAAUCUGAAACAAAGUUUUUUUAAAGAUCGUCAUUUAAUUCAAUUCGCAGAAUAUUUCGGAUGUGAAUUUGAAAAUUUAUCGGUUGAAUCAUGUAAAAAUUUAAUAUUGUUUUGGUUUAAACAAAAUUUUAAAUUAGAUGAACUUCCGUGGUUUUUAUAUUAUCGAACUGAAAAAAAAUUUUAUGAACAAAACCUAGAAACGCUUGUGUUUAAUGCUUUAAAAACCAAUAAAGGGUACAUUUCAGAAAUUGAAGCUAAAAUUAACACAAACAGAGACGUCUUCUUAAGAAAUUCGUUGGAGAAAUGUUACGCUUUCAUCCUACCGUUUUCUUUGAAAAUUAUAACUCCAGAAUCUGAUUACGUUUUGAUUAAUUCAGAUUAUGUGCGAGAAGUCAAUAAUUUAAUAGACUGCCUCAAAAGUUAUAAUAUAAAUUUAUGUCGAAAUUCAAAGUUAUUGCAGAUAGAUCUCAUAGUUUAUAGUUUACUAAAUCAAUAUUCUGACAAUAAAGAGUUCUUCAAGUUAACAAAUUUUAAAACACACUUUUCAAACAUUGAAGAUUUUGAUUUUGAAACUUUACAAUAUUCACUGUGUAAUUUAAUUGACAAGAAUGUACAAUUUUGUGAUUUUGCCGAAUCAAAUCCUUAUGUUAUGAUUAAAUUAUUUGAACGCCUUAAGUGGAAUAUUUUUCAAUCACAUUUUAUAAAGGAAAAAUUGCUAUGGAUUUGUCGUUAUUUAACUAUAAUCGAUUUGCUAGAUAUUCGAGAAAUUGAAAAUGAUACUAGCUGGUUUUUUGCCAAAGAUAUAAUUUAUUUUAUUUCGUCAGUUCUGAAAAAAUUUAAUGAUGACGCUUUUAUUUUCAAACCAGUCCUAAACUUCAUUGAAAACUUUUUGAAAAAUUUGAUCAGUUCUUCAGAGAAACUGGAAGAUGAAUUUUUCUUAAUAAUAAAUCAAGUUAUAGGGAUGGUUGAAGAUAAAAACAAGAUUGAAUCAAUUUACACAUUUUGUUUAAAUUUUUUGGAAAAUAUAUUUUGUUGGAUAAUUGAAUCAAAAAACCAAUUAUUAAGCCGUCUUGAACCUUUGAUGGAAAAGGAAAUUUUUGAAGGGACUUCCAUCGAAAUUCACUGUCAGAGAAUACCAUCGAUUAGUAGAAAAACAAUUUUAGAAGAUUUAAAUGAAUUUAUUGGUAGUACAUUAAGAAAUAAUUAUACGAUAUCAAAACUUAACUUAAAUAUUAAUAAAAAGAAGAAAGAGUUUUUAGAUCUUUUGCAAAACCCACUGAACCAAAAAUAUAUUUUGCAAAUUUUCGAUAUAUUGAUUAACAUAAUUAUAAGCGGUGAAAACAAAGAAAGUAAUCGUGCUGUAGAAUGCUUGGGAACCAUUGGGCCGGUUUUUGUAGGCAAAUACGCGUUCUUAAAAGAAAAUGAGAAUGAAAACUGUUAUGAAAAUGAGGAAACGUUCGAAAAAAUAGUUGUUAAAGCAAUUGAAAGAAUCAUGUUUGCGUAUAAUACGAAAUCAUACUCCGCUAUUUUGUCAUUAGCCGAUAUCAUUACCCAAACGGAAAAAUUUAAAAUACACGCAAAAAGUGAAAGAUUUCUUCAACCAUUUUUUAAAAAACCCAACAGUGCAAAAUCUAACGAAAACUUGUUUUCUAAUCAAGUUAAUGUGAAUUUGAAGAAAAUUAUACAUGAAAAAGCAAAUGAAAAAAAUUAUGAAAAUUUUUUAAGAUAUUUAACGUCUAAAAUAUUUAAAAAAUUAAAAUGGCCUGAGUUCGAAGCUGUAGCAACCGAUUGUUAUGAAUUCGACAAUCUCAUUAUUCUUCCAUUAUUUAAAUUUCUUUUAAAAAAUAAUGAAACAUUCAAAAAUAGUAUUAUCGAAAUGUUGGAACACUUUUAUCAAGAAGCUUGCCAUGUAAUCGCUAAUCAAGAUGAUGUAAAGAAAAACUAUCUUAAUAAACGAACAAUAAAAUUAAUGCUGGACAUUACAGAGUUAUAUCGCAUCCAAAAUAAUUUUAAUAUUUCAAUAAACUUAUUGAAUGCUGCAAACGUUGCAGCAUACCAACAAGCAUAUUUCUUAUCAAUCUUUUACUUAGAAAUGUGGGCAAUGAAUAAAAUAAGUGAUUCUUCAUUUACAUCAACUAAUAACGAGCUAUUGAAAAAUAGCUUAUUUCAAAAAAUAGCAUUGCAAGUAUACAAAGCAAUCGAUUGUAAAGCAGCAAUUAAUGGAUUUUUAAAUCCUGUAGAAUGUACUACUGAAUUUUAUAAUAACAAUAAUGAUUGGACGGAUAUACUCUUAGAAACGGAUGCUUCUGAGAGUUGGAAGAAUUCGCCGUAUCUUAUAGAUAUCCUCAAGCGUAAUGGGUUGCUUUCGAUAUCAACGGUGCUACAAGAAAAAUUUCAAAAUCAGAUUGAUUAUGAAACGUAUUGGAGACUUGGAAACUGGGAUAUUCAAGUUCAAGAUGUUAACCCAAAAUCUAAAAAUUGUAUCCGAGUUGAAGCUUUAGAUUAUCAGUUUGAAAAAAAUCAUUAUGCAGCGCUAAAAGCAUUGAAGGACAAAGAUGAAACUAAUACUAAACGAUCAACAGAAUGUGCAAAAACCAUCAUCAUGAGAAUUUUGAAGGAGACAAGUAUUGAAUCUAUGCAAAAUUUCUAUAAACAUCUCACCAACUUAAUGUUAUUGCGACAAAUUGAAGAGUUUUCUAUAAUUCAAUAUGCUUCAAGCGGGAAAUCAUCAAAAACUCCAGAUUUAAUUUUAUCUAAUUGGGAUUUGGAAUAUGAAAUGAGGUACGGAAAUUUUGAAAGUAAAGAACGAACAAUGGCACAAAAAAUAACUCUUUUUGAACUAUCUGGUACUCGCGCUCAACGAAAAAUUUCUGAAAAAUAUGCAGAUUCAAAUGUUAUAGCCAGAUACUUACUUAAUAUGGUUGAAAAUUGUAAUAGUUUUAAAUCUUCUGAAAAUGUUUAUUUAACUAAACGUUAUUUAUGUAAAUUGAAAAAUGUAAAUAGUAUUAGUGAAGAAAUGAAGUGUAGAACAGAUUUAAUUAAUGCUCAUAUAUGCAUACAAAAUGGAAGGAAGCAAAUGGGUUUGGAAAUACUACGAAGUGUUAUAAAAGAACCGUCAACGCCUCAUAGUGUACUCUAUCGAAUUGAUGCUAAUAGACUAUUAGGAAAAUAUCUAGCUGAAUCAAAUGAUGAGAGUUUCGAUGAUCUUCAAAAGAAAUAUUUUAACAAGACAAAAAUUUCUUUAGAAAAAUUGGAAGCGAUGAUCACAAGUGGUAAUAUAAAAAAUAUCGAUAUGGCAAAAUUCAGUGAAGUACGAAAGAAUUUAUAUAAAAAUAUUGCUGAAUAUGCAGACAGAGAAUAUCAACUAGUGAAUUCACAUAUAAAAUCAGAUGAUUUUCAAAAGUCCAUUGAAAUCAUGGAGAAAAAUCGUAAUGACGCUGAGUUAAUAAAGCGGGUUAUUUCUCCAGAUGCUCCAGAUUGUAGGAUUAAUACGGAUUGUUAUAUUACUUUAGUUGGAAAUUCGAAAUUAGAUGCGAAUAAUAUCAAAUAUUUUCAAGAGAGCUGUUCAAAAUAUUUACAAAUUGCUUUGGAACAUUAUAUUGAAUUCUGCAAAAUGGAUAAUGCAGUACACUCAUCCACUAUUUAUAGAAUUAUUGGCCUUUGGUUUUCAAACAAGACGGAUGAAAAAAUAAACGCUAUCAUAAAAUUAUCAGGAAUUCCUAGCUAUAAAUUUGUGAACGUGCUAAGUCAAUUGACAGCACAGUUAAAUUCAAAUGAAUUAAUCUUUAUUGAAAUUCUAAAGGAUAUUAUUGUAAAAUGUGUCUUAGAUUAUCCACAUCACACUUUAAGCCAUAUUAUUUGCUUAGAUACUUCUAAUGAAGAUCGUCAAUAUUUUGGUCAUAAAAAAUCAAAAAAUUUAGAAAAUGAUUUGCGAUUGCAAAGAGUAAGGCAAAUUGUAAACAACUUAAAAAGAGAUGAAGUAAUUUCGGAAUUAAUCAGUCAAAUUCACCCAAUGUUUAUUAAUUUGAUUGAAUGUGCCUAUUGGAACAUGCAAAAACCAUCCGAAGUGAGAAAACAAAUUAGAAACUUCAAUAUAUCUCAGAAGUUGCAAAAAAUGAAAAAUUUAGAUAAAGUACAUUGCCCAACUGUAACAUUAAAAAUUCCUUUAACUACACAUAAAGUUGCAAGACAAGAAAUUGUAAGCAUAAUAGGAUGGGAUUCAAAAUAUGAGCCUGCGGGCGGAAUAAAUGCUCCCAAAAAAAUUUAUUGCAAUUGUUCCGAUGGAAUAAAAAGACCACAGUUACUGAAAGGUAAUGAUGAUCUCCGCCAAGAUGCCAUAAUGUUACAAGUUUUGCAAUUCGUAAAUAAUUUACUUAAACAAGAAAAUGAAGGUUCUAAUUUGUCCAUUCGCACUUAUAAAGUUGUACCUUUAUCAAAAAGGAGUGGUUUAAUAGAAUGGUGUGUGAAUACAGUGCCUUUAGGUUAUUAUUUAUGUGGGAAUAAUAAAAUGGGUGGAGCCCAUGCAAAAUAUAAACCUAAUAAUAAAAGUGUUGCUGAAUGUCGAGAAGCUUUGAAAAAUGUAAAGGAUGAUGGUCCAGAAACGAGAAUAAAAUGUUUUAUUGAAAUUUGUAAAAAAAUUCAACCAGUUUUACAUUACUUUUUUUUUGAAAGAUUCAAAACACCGGGCGAAUGGUUCGAAAGACGUCUUGCAUAUAUGAACAGCGUGUCUACGACUUCUAUGAUAGGUUAUAUAUUAGGAUUGGGAGACAGGCACUGCCAAAAUAUUUUGCUUGAUGAAAAAACAGCUGAAGUAAUACAUAUUGAUUUCGGAAUCGCAUUUGAAAAAGGUAAACUUAUGCCUACUCCAGAAACUAUUCCAUUUCGUCUUACUAGAGAAAUAGUUGCUCCGAUGGGAAUAUGUGAAGUAAAAGGAAUUUUUAAAAAUUCUUGUGAAAAUACCUUGCAGAUAUUACGUAACAACUCUCAAGUUUUACUUAUUAUAUUAGAAGUUCUGUUACAUGAUCCAUUAUAUAGUUGGUCAGUGAAUGAUAAAAUUGUUAAAAGAAUAAAUGAUGAAUCUGAUGGUGCAUUCCAUGCAGGCGAAAGUGACGAAAAUAACGCACAUAAUGCUACAGCUUACAGGGCUUUAAUGCGUGUCCAAAAUAAAUUGGAAGGUCGAACUGAGAGGCAAAUUGGUUCAUUUUCUGUAAGCACACAUGUUGAAAAAUUGAUUGCGGAAGCUAGAAAUGUUAAGAAUUUAGGUUUACUUUACUGUGGGUGGGAUCCAUAUUUAUAAAAUUUCAUUAUUUUUGUAUUUUUAUUACUUUAUUGAUUAAUAAAAUUAAUAUUCCUUCAA